ACCACUAGAAGGACUAUGUCUCCGUUUUGCUUUUCAUAUAAAAGUCCAGCUAACACCAAUAGCAGUAUCAGUCAACUUCUCUGGUUAUCCACUGCAAAAUGUUCUCUAAAAUUGUAGCCCUUAGCGCUGUGCUGGCCGCUGCCAACGCCGGUUUCUUGAAUCUGCACCAUGCGCCCGCUGUUUCAUCCCAAAGCAUCAUCCGCCACGACAGCCCAGUCCACUACGCUGCCCCGUUGGUUCAUGCUGCACCAGUAGUACAUGCCGCCCCCAUUGUCCACGCUGCUCCCAUCGUCCAUGCUGCACCAGUCCAUGUGGCUCAUGAAUACUCUCACCCUAAAUACGACUACUCGUAUUCCGUCGCCGAUCCCCACACCGGUGACCACAAGUCCCAGCAUGAGAGCCGCGACGGUGGUGCUGUACAUGGAAGCUACUCCCUGGUCGAGCCUGACGGUUCCGUACGCAAAGUAGAAUACACCGCUGACGACCACCACGGUUUCAACGCCGUUGUCCACAAGACCGCUGGACACCACCCAGCCCCUGUCGUCCACGCCCCUGUCGUACACGCUGCCCCUGUCCACGUCAUCGCCCCCCUGGCGCACGGACAUCAUGGCCACUACUAAACGACUAGCAUGUAAUUGUGAUUCAUGAUGAAUGAUUGUAUGUGAUAUUUAUGUGUAUAUAUGAUGAUGAAUUCAAUACUCAUUUGUAAAUAAAUAAAUUUUACUGAUCAGUAUAUA